UGUAGAUGAAGACGGAGACCUGAUCGCGUUUUCCACCGACGAGGAGCUGGAGAUGGCGAUGCCUUACAUGCGGGAUGGCGUCUUCCGUGUUUACAUCAAAGAGAAAAAGGAGUGCAGGCGGGAGCAUCGCUCGCAGUGCAGCCAGGAGCCCCCCCGUGACAUGGUGCACCCCAACGUGAUCUGCGAUGGCUGCGAGGGGCCGGUGGUGGGUGCCAGGUUCAAGUGCACUGUCUGCCCAGACUAUGACCUGUGCAGCACCUGCGAGAGUAAAGGCAUCCACAAAGAGCACAACAUGGUGAUGUUCCAAAGUCCGCUGCUGAAUCCAUUUGAGUGGAUUCCCCGAGGACGCUGGCUCCGUAAGAUGCGGCAUGGUGUUCCCCCCUUCCCAUGGAUGCACUGCUGGGGAUACCCUGGCCCUGCUGCUCCAUGCCAAAACUCUGAACAAGCCCAAGCCAGUGCUGCAGCUGCCAGUCCACCCGCUGCGGAAGAAGCUUCUACUAACAGCCAGCCUCAGGACCCCAAUGUCACCUUCUUAAAGAAUGUUGGGGAGAGCGUGGCAGCUUUUCUGAGCCCCCUGGGUAUUGAAGUUGAUAUUGAUGUGGAACAUGGAGGACAGAGAAGCAAAGUGACUCCUGCUUCUCCCAAUCAAGAGAAGAGCAAUGCUGAGUCAAGCAGUGGUGCUUUUAACCAGAACGUUCAGACCAAACCAGACUGGAAUAACACACAGCCUGCUACAGAAGUAAAUGCUGUUGCAGAGCAGAUACAAGACAUGGUGAUAGAUCCUGUGCCCACACAAACAGAAGAUGGCAGCUUCCAAUGCCAGGAACAGAGUGAGUCCAGCAGUUCAUCAGGGGGUGAUGAGGACUGGACCCAUUUAUCUUCCAAAGAAGUGGAUCCUUCCACAGGUGAACUUCAGUCCCUGCAAAUGCCAGAGACGGAUGGUCCCAGCUCCCUGAAUGUAUCUCGGGAUCCUCCCCAGCCAGGACCUACAGGACUGCGGGAAGCUGCACUCUACCCACAUCUCCCACCAGAAGCAGACCCUCGCCUCAUUGAGUCUCUGUCCCAGAUGCUCUCCAUGGGUUUCUCUGAUGAGGGUGGAUGGCUCACUCGACUCCUGCAGACAAAGAACUGCGACAUUGGGGCAGCACUAGAUGCCAUCCAGUAUUCCAAGCAGCCACCUCACUUGUAGUGAUCUGUGUAACACAAAGAAAGCACUUUCCUCCUAACUGAAAGCAGACAAUGCAGUGCAACUCACUCACUGGUUAAUCUAUCUUCCUGCUAAGAGUUUUCUGUCUCAUGUUUCUCAGUGCUUGUAGAAUGGAAGGAAAAAUAAAUACUAC